GCCCCCCAGUCCUCCCUCCCCUCCCCUCCAGCAUGGUGCUCGCGGCCCCGCUGCUGCUGGGCUUCCUGCUCCUCGCCCUGGAGCUGCGGCCCCGGGGGGAGGCGGCCGAGGGCCCCGCGGCGGCGGCGGCGGCGGCAGCGGCGGGGGUCGGGGGGGAGCGCUCCAGCCGGCCAGCCCCGUCCGUGGCGCCCGAGCCGGACGGCUGCCCCGUGUGCGUGUGGCGGCAGCACAGCCGCGAGCUGCGCCUAGAGAGCAUCAAGUCGCAGAUCUUGAGCAAACUGCGGCUCAAGGAGGCGCCCAACAUCAGCCGCGAGGUGGUGAAGCAGCUGCUGCCCAAGGCGCCGCCGCUGCAGCAGAUCCUGGACCUACACGACUUCCAGGGCGACGCGCUGCAGCCCGAGGACUUCCUGGAGGAGGACGAGUACCACGCCACCACCGAGACCGUCAUUAGCAUGGCCCAGGAGACGGACCCAGCAGUACAGACAGAUGGCAGCCCUCUCUGCUGCCAUUUUCACUUCAGCCCCAAGGUGAUGUUCACAAAGGUACUGAAGGCCCAGCUGUGGGUGUACCUACGGCCUGUACCCCGCCCAGCCACAGUCUACCUGCAGAUUUUGCGACUAAAACCCCUAACUGGGGAAGGGACCGCAGGGGGAGGGGGCGGAGGCCGGCGUCACAUCCGUAUCCGCUCACUGAAGAUUGAGCUGCACUCACGCUCAGGCCAUUGGCAGAGCAUCGACUUCAAGCAAGUGCUACACAGCUGGUUCCGCCAGCCACAGAGCAACUGGGGCAUCGAGAUCAACGCCUUUGAUCCCAGUGGCACAGACCUGGCUGUCACCUCCCUGGGGCCAGGAGCUGAGGGGCUGCAUCCAUUCAUGGAGCUUCGAGUCCUAGAGAACACAAAACGUUCCCGGCGGAACCUGGGUCUGGACUGCGACGAGCACUCAAGCGAGUCCCGCUGCUGCCGAUAUCCCCUCACAGUGGACUUUGAGGCUUUCGGCUGGGACUGGAUCAUCGCACCUAAGCGCUACAAGGCCAACUACUGCUCCGGCCAGUGCGAGUACAUGUUCAUGCAAAAAUAUCCGCAUACCCAUUUGGUGCAGCAGGCCAAUCCAAGAGGCUCUGCUGGGCCCUGUUGUACCCCCACCAAGAUGUCCCCAAUCAACAUGCUCUACUUCAAUGACAAGCAGCAGAUUAUCUACGGCAAGAUCCCUGGCAUGGUGGUGGAUCGCUGUGGCUGCUCUUAAGGUGGGGGAUAGAGGAUGCCUCCCCCACAGACCCUACCCCAAGACCCCCAGCCUUGCCCCCAUUCCCCCAAGCCCCAGAGCUCCCUCCACUCUUCCCAUGAACAUCACACCCUGUUCCCCGACCAAGCAGUGUGCAAUACAACAGAGGGAGGCAGGUGGGAAUUGAAGGGUGAGGGGUUUGGGGGAAAGGGGAAGGAGGGGCAUAGUCAGGGUGGGGAGUGUUUGAAGUUUGCAGAUGCGAAGGUUUGACAAAAAGACAGAGAGAUGUAGAGACAGAGGGAUAGAGACAGGAACAAAAAGAGCAGCAGUGAGAAGGCAAAGAGAGAGAGGCAGAAGAGACAGACUAGGCAGAGACAAAACACUGAGAAAGAGACUGAAAUGGAGUAAUAAAUGAAAGCCCCACACCAAGCCUCCUUUCUUCCACUGGCAAGGUGAGGGGCUUGGUAUAGUUUGGGGAGAUCCCCUGACUACUCAGUAGGAGGAGAAAUCAAAAAUCCAUUCUUUUUCCCGUCUCUCCCUCCACAGUGGCCAGGGGAAGGGAAGUGAGGGCAGGGGCAAAAGGAUUUGGGAAUUUUUAUUUAUUUAUUUAUUGUGACUUUUCAUUUUUUUGGUAUUUGGCUUUACUGGAAUAGGAGGGCCCCUGCCCACUGUGCCCCAUUUAUCCCUUAUUCCCCAAACCCUGCUCUCCCCAACACCUACCCACUUAAGCACUUGUAUAAAGCCUCCAGGGUUGGAAAUGGGAGUAAAGGGCAAGAGGGCCGACACAUGAAGUUUAGUUUCUAACCCAUUAUCACCCUCACUCAACCUUUUCUGAGCCAAAUGGGUUGAAUUUAAGCCAGUUGUCAUGGAAAUAGUAAGAGGUUAGGGUUUAAGAGCUGGGGAUGGGGGGGUGGGAGAGAGAACCCUCAACAUCCAGGAUCUAUAUAAUGAGAGCUACUUUAAACCCUCAGGUCAACCCUCAUGAUACUGAGUUACUUAGCCAGAGGGUGCAGCCUGCUUAAGCCCAAAUUCCCUCAGCCAAGAGAGAGACCAAAGAGCCUCUGGAAUGGCCCUGCUCCCAGCCUCUAUCUUCAGGUCAGUAAGAAAGAGUAUAGAGACCCUAGAGUCCCCUGGGUCUGGAAAGCAUUAGGAGAGGUCGAGAAAAGAGCAGUAAGGAGGCUGAAGGUUACAGGGCAUUUGAAUCCAAAUCACUGCUCUGGGCUAGGGAAUAAAGCCAGCAGACCAAGGUGGGAGGGAUUCUGGAAGGGGGAUAUUUUAGUCCCCUAACCCCAAAGCUCAGGGUGGAAGAGGGGAGAACAAGGAAGCAGAGUGUAUAAUUAUUUUCCUUUUAUUUUUGGAAUCUAACAGUACCUGGCAGCAGGGAGGGGAAAGUACAGUGGGGAAAAGCAUCUGACAAGGCCAGUUAGAACAGAGGAUGGGAAGGAUGGAGACUCCUGGGUUUGGAAGGCUAGGAAGCAGGCAGAGACUGGUUGCCAUUUCAAGUUACUAGCUAGGCCCAUUAAUUCCUCCCACAACCCUGACCCAUUCUCCUCUGGACUCGCUGUGCCUCAGUUUCUUCCCCUCAAUGGAAUGAGAAAUGACAGCACCCGCCACAGCCAAGAGAUGAAUUCUGAGCACUUACCACUGGCACUUUAUGGACAUAAAAUACCUCUCGCUGUGGGACAGAUAACCAGGGCACCAGAGUAGUGGUGAAGAGAUGUGAGGCUUAAGAGGAGUCACAGGCUUCAGAGUACAAGUUCCCCUCUGCCUCCCAGCUGGACAGUGCCUAGAAGCCAAGUUGAGAAUCUCCUGAUCCACACCCUAUCCUUACUUCACCACCACGCCUCUUGGCUCCAGGCAAGAGCUUAGAGGAUGUCAGGAGAGGUGGGGUAAGAACCUUCAGCAAAACUGUCACUCUAAGUAGAGCCAGCAGUUAUGGGUCUGAUAAAAACAGUACUGAACUAAAGUAAAGCCCAAGCUGGUGAGCAAACUUGGAUGGCUCAUUCUUCCCAAGAGCAUGACUCUCCCUCUUGGCCAGUUGGUGGAAGGGGCAAAGGUAUGUGACCACCCUUGAGAAGGUGAUGUUGGUGAGCUUUAACAUCUUAUUCCUAUUCUUAUAGUGAGAAAGUGAAACAAGGUGUUUCAGUAGAGGAAUGGGCAGGGACUGUUAGGCUCUUCAGCUUGCCUUCACCCAUAUAGCAGCUAUGCUACCCCCAAGCCUCUCUGGCCCUGUUCUUCAUCCUUCCUUCUGCCCCAAUCCUGGAGAACAAGACACACCUGGCCAUCAACACCACUCACAUUUCCUUGGUGGAAGGAAAGGAACAGAGAAGUGAAGAACAGGUAUCUCCCUCCAAGGUCAAAUGCCUCUUGAUCUUCGCAGAGUAGGUAUUGGGCAAUAAGCAUCAGGUAUAACUUCCUUCUACAGAUUCUAGAGAGCUGGGCCAUUAAAUAUGGGGGACACUUAGAAUACUGCCCCUUUAAUACCACCAAAUAAAGACCUUUGUGUGUGUGUGUGGUGGCGGGGGCAGGGGUCUUUCUCUUAUGAACAUAAAUCUGUGAGCUGAACUCUCAUUCCCCUGUUCCUUCCUACCCCCAAAGAGGCAUGGAGUAAAGGGGCUUGGGGGACAGCUCAGCAACCCAGUGGGAGUUAGCACCCCCUCCCACCUAUGAUAUGUGUGGACCUGGCCAGUGCCCCUCUGAACAUAUCAUUAUUAGUGUAAUUAUCAUUUAUUUUGUGUAUUUGUUAUAAUGUGUGCAUGACAGCCUUUGUUAAGGGUGUCUGAGGAGUAUGGAGCUGACAGGGGCACUGGAAUGCCGGGAAAGAACUUCUUCAACUGAGAUCAAGGCUUCCUGGAGGGAACCACUGCAAAAAGGCCAUCAGGCAGUUUUCAAGUUAUGUGACAGAGGGCAAAGAUGGCCAUAGGGUGCUCUGAGUUUUGGGAUGGUCACAUGACACAAUCCAGCACUUCAACCUGAAAAAAAAAAUAAAAGCAGUCAAAGAGUUUAGAAUUCAGUGCUGAGCUCUUCUCCCUAAUCAAGUGCCACAUUUACACCUUGGAGAACCUGAGGUGAAGAGGAUCUGAGACAGGAAACCUCGUAUUCAAUGACUAAGAAGAUGGGGUCCUGGAGCAAGAGAGAAAACACUAAGGGCAUGGUGGUAUGAGGUUUGGGACAUGCAGGCCAAGGAAGGAUGGGAAGAGGACAGGAAACUGGGGGCGCCUAGAACAACCCCUCUCUGAAAAGCUUGAGCCGAAACAGUCCCAAAGACUACAAAACCCCUCUCCCAGCCUCCACAGAAUGGAAGAUCUAAAGAUUCUCUUGACAUGAUCCAGCUAGUGUCCUAUUCUCCUGCAGUCCCUGUUCCUAGGUUUCCUCAACGAAGUUUGACAAAAAUCUGUAAACCAACAUAGCCAUCCAACUUGCCUUGUUACACAAGAGUGGCUAAAAUAGCGUCUCAAAUAUUCUUUCAGUUCACUGUAAAAUUUUUUCCCAUGUAACUAGAGCGCAAUUCCCCGGGCAUAUGAGUUGGGAAUGGCAAAAGAAUAUUGCCUGACUCACAUUUUUAAAAAAUAAGGAAAGCAGGACCCAGUGGUGUGCUCCUGUAGUUCCAGCUAUUCAGGAGGUUGCAGCAGGAGGACCACUUGAGGCCAGAGGGUCAGGACUGCAGUGUGCUAUGAUUGGACCUGUAAAUAGCCACUGUACUCCAAGCUGAGCAACAUAGUAAGACAUUGUCUCUAAAAAAAAAGUAAAAUAAAAAUAAGGAAAGCUCCUGUGACAUCAACCUGAUCCAGAAUUGGGGACAGGGCUACUUUUGAGGGUUCAGUGUACUGCCAUGCGUUCCCUGUCUUAUCAGUUCUAUCAGCACAUUGACCCUACCGGAGACCAACUACAAGACUGAGGCUGGAACUGGUUGAGUAGCAGAAGUGUUAUGUAUUCUAUCUUCCCAAGGGAACUAUAUCCACAUCUACCCCUAACUUUGUCCUGAGCUGAAAAUGGGUUUUCUCUCCCCGUGGCUCACUUGUUUCCUAUAUUGAGAGAACACCCAAAAGAGACCACUCAAGAUGACUUUUUACAAGUCUUUUCUUCUUUAUCUUAAAACAUCCUCCAACUAAGGGCAUGAGAAGCUAUCCUAUACUCUGACCUUGCCCAUAUUUUAAAUGGCAGGGGCCCCAAGCUAAGAAUCAGCAGGCAGUGGCAUUUACAGCUUCUGGUCUAUAAGUGGAGCAGAAGCAGAAAAGUCAAUGCUCCAAAGCAACAAUGUCCAGCUUUCCUGUCAGUGAGCUGGGGUUGAGGGAGUGAAUGGGACUCUUUCUGCCUUUUCUUUUUCUCCAAAUACAACUGCUAACUGGGUGUAUGCACACACAAACAUGUUCAAACUAGCGCACUCACACCUAGCUAGAACCUACUCGGAAAGAAAUAUGUAUUUCCAUAGUACCCUGACACCCAGUAAGAUUAAGAGCUAAUAUUUAUUAAAUGAUUACUAUGCAAAUUAUGGUAAUCAAAUUGUAGUGUGAAUACAUGAUAUGAGAAUAUCACUUCAUUCACACAGCAACCUUCACAAUGGGGUUCCUUUUGGUACAGUCUGAAAAGAGAAUGAUUAUCUGCCCAAGGUCUCAGAGCUAGUGUGGCAGAACAAGAAAUUAAACCUAAGUAGUUGCUAAACAAUAUUACAUUCUAAUCUAUCCUAUUAAAAGUGAUCCAGGAGGUAGAAACCUAAAUACAGGAACAACAUAAGGGAAAGAGAUAACAAGAAAGUUGGGGACACCUUGGGCUCAAAGAAUCUGGAAAGAUGUGAAAUCUGUAAUUGUCAAUCCUUUUGAAGGGAAAAACAAGAAAAGCCUAGAUAUGGCAAGAGAAGGGGAGGUUAAAUUUUGGGGGGAUUCCAAUAAUCAUAUAAGAGCAAAAAAGUUAUCCUCCCUUAAGUUCCUCCCUCACUCCUCAUGUCAGACACAGCAAGAGAACUCAGCUCAACACCAAGAAGUCCUGACCUUAUUCACACCUUCCUUCCUAUAGCCCUCAUCCUCACAGAAUCUUCUAGCCUCUAUCUUCAGCAGUUCUUAAGAGAUGGGGUGAGGGGCUGGGCAGUUUAGAGGGAAACUGGAAAAAAAGAGAAUAAUCCUAGAGAACCAUAAAAAAGUACAGAUUUACAGCUGAGGAAGCUAGUUCUCCCCACAGCUUUUACAGACUCCCUCAUUAAGAGCUUCCAGGUAUGCAGAGAAUGUCACAGCUUCAGAAAUUGGAAUCAGUUAACCACAUCUGGAUGCUGGAUCAGCUACAGUAGGGAAACUGGGGGAUAGGAAGGAAGGGUACUAAGAUCUCAGGUAAACAAUUACAAGACCCAAUGUCUGUUCCAUCUCCAAAUGGAAUUACUGUUUUAAAACUGAAUUGGGAAAAAGGCAUCCUGAACUAUUCAUGUUCAAAGAGUAUGUGGGGAAUGAUUAUAACGAGAUAGGAAGGGGAGGAUUUGAUCUGGCUUGGAGGUUAGAGACUUCUGACCAACAUAGGAACAGCUGCUGAAAUGGGAAGAAAAAGGUUAGUAAGAAAAAAAAAAAUCCUCACCAACUGGAAAACACUGUUCAAAGAUCUGGGGGAAGAUGAGUGAGGAGAAUAAUUAGGCUUCAAGAAGAGAAUCCUGGCAAGUAAGGCUGAAUAUCUUUCUGGAAGGUUAUAGAGGAUAAAGAGACAAAGUGAAGAAAACUUCCAAAAGAUCCACUGUUCCACUUCAUAGUCAGCAUCUGCUCUAUUCCCUCACGUAUUUUUCUCUUUUUAAAACCACAUUGAGGUAGAAACCAUUAGUGAAUCUAUGAUCUCUCAAAUUACAAAUAAGAUCUAUUCUGUUUUCAGAUGCAGACAGAGUAGAGACAGGAAAAGCUAGCCCCAAGAUCAGAGCCUGAGGUAAAGAAAAGGGAGGCAGACAGAAAAGAGGGAAAAAGGGAAGGUCAUUCCAAUUGUAAGGUUUAUUUGGAUAAGGAGGUGUCAGAAAUUUAACCAGCAUUCCCUUUUGUUCACUUCUCCAAAGUCUCAGAAUGGGGCAAACUUCACAACAAAUGGGCAGUAGUUUUUGGAUCUGCUCUCCGAGGCACAAUUUUCCUAAAGUAUCUAAGCUUUAGGUCCCUGCCUUCCUCACCAACCAGAGACUUUAGAGAAAUAAAGAGAUUCUUGACAUUAGAAAGGUGAUCAAACCAUUACCAUUUCAUUAAGCACAAAACCCGGCAGGUUUUAGUAGAAAUAAGGAUAAAGGAUUAUACCACAGCAACAUGGGAUCUGAUCAUAGUACCAAAGUUUUCAGGUACGGUGCCAGGCUCCUAAAUCUUAUUACCAAAAAUAACUCAAACAAAAACCAAGCUUAUAUAAAGAUUAAGAGGAGACACUCUGCACGAACAUAUCCAAAAAGAUUAAGUAGGAGGUUUCAGACCUACAUGAACUUGAAGCCUCCAGUUCCACUGCUUAUGUUCCCAAUGACUUAGCUAACAAUGUGUAACAGCUCUGACAUCCUCUGUCAUGCUUUGAUUCCGCAUACAAAAUUUCUUCUAUCUCUGAGGGAUAUCCAGCCCAUCUCCCUUCCUGAACUGACUGACCAACACAGUAUCAUGCCAGGCCACCCUUGAAAUGAGGGCCCUUUUCUUCUAACGUGGGACGCUGGACUCCAUUUUAUCCAAGAAAAAGUCUGCAUUAUUAGCUCAGAACAGAAGGCUGCUAAUCACUGCCCUUGUAUUUAUGUCCUUUGCAACACCUAAAACCUCCCAUGUUCUGUUUUAUUUCAGUGGGUCACUACAAGCUGCUGGAGCAAAGACUUGGUGGGUGGGUAACUUAACCUCUUCACAGAGGAUAAAAAAUGCUUGUGAGUAUGAGAGAAGGGAAUAAAUAGGCUUAAAGGGUAAA